CUAACAAAUCGUUAUAACUCACAUCUUUUUGCUGACGUCUAUCCAGAAUGUCCACAACUUUUUCUACAAAGUUUUUGAAAGGACAAUCAUUACCUUCCAAAUAAUUACCCAAAUAAUUAAGCUUCUGACGUAAGUAGUCUGCCAUAGCGAUCACUUUUUCCAGGGUGACGAGUCCCAAGUACAGUUCACAGUGGAUUUCUUUCUUCGAAAUGAUACGCGCAGCUUUAUAUUUUCUGCAGCACCGUACAUGAAAAUCUUCUAGAUCGAAAGUUUCAUCUUCUUCCUCGCGCGUUACUGCUCCGACGAUGUCUUCUAAUUCGCUUAAAAAACUCUCGAAUGCACUCUUUGAAAAAUAUAUGCUCCGAUCCUUGCCUUGUAUCUUGACACAGGGGCAAUCUUCAAAUACGUCUAGACCCACUUUCAGGAUUUUGGAUCCACUAUUAUUUAGAUUAAAUGUCGACUCACUGAGUAAUUGCUGUCGUUCUUUAUCCAUAAACUUGUUAUGUAUGCGCUUACGGUCUUGUGUUGAUAAACAGAAAUCUUCGUGUCUGGGCACUGGAUUAUUGUAAGAUGAGAUGUUGUAUUCCUUCAUAACAUCCCUGUCGAAUGCUCGGUGAUCAUCCUCUGUGUAGCAGAAUUCUGGCAAUGAUGCAAUAGGCUUGUAGUAAUUGAGUGUCGUCGACAACUUUUCAGCAGUACGAGGAUCUCUGGGGUUUGUUGAUGGACGAGAAUAAGGUUUACUGUAUGAAGACAUGAUCUGUAAUAAAAAGUAAAAUUAGAAAACAAAUUCCUACAAUUAUUUAAUAACCAAUUUAGGAAAAAUAAAGAGGGUUGAACUUACUUGUAACUUUUGCAAUAAACUUGGACGCUGACACAAUAUCACGUUGAACACUGAACUGAACACAAAUGAGAACGAGUCGUCACACACAGUAGCUUUUAUAAACUGCGCGUAACUGUAAAUCUAAUACGUCAUCCUCGCGAAUUAAAUCAAAAUACCAAAUCGAUGAGUCAUAUUGCGAACAAUAGAAAUUGAUUGAUGUGGUGCCAUAAAGUCACCCACAGAACAAAAGAUGUGGCUAUUCAUGCGGAAAACAGGUUUAGCGAGUUAUGAGUCAUACUUGUGCAGGUGUCCUGAACAAAAAGAAAACACUUAUACGCCCAGUGUGAACUAAGUGCUUUCCCAUGUAACCGGAUGUAGAAACAAAAGAAAUGAUUGAUGUGGUGCCAUAAAGACGGCCACAAAACAAAAGAUAUGGUUAUUCAUGUGGAAAACAGGUUUAGCGGGUUAUGAGUCAUGCAUUUUAAACAAUAGAUCGUGUUUAAUCAAGCGUAAAACCGGUUUUAGGCGAACAAUAGAACGUUCGGCAAUGUUCGGAAGGGGUCGGAUUCUGUUUUACCUGACCUGACCUGAUAUAAAAAAGCUUAUGUUCGUGACUCGAAAUUACUUGCGUUCUUACAUCUGUACGUACGUGUUUUCUCGUGCUUUGCGUGUUUUUAUUGUGAGUGUUUAGUUUUUGUGCAUAAAUUUCUGCAAUGGCCGCCCAUUUCAAGUUGUUGUGUCGUGUUUUUGAGAGUGGUCUUCUGUCGGAAGACGAUAUGGUGGAGGCAUAUUAUUAUAUGCUCCGAAUGGUAACUUCCGGGGAGGUAACUCCCGACGCCGCAGACAUUGAACGCUUCAGGCGUCUUCGCGAAGCAGUUGGGGCAAUACAAACGCGCCUGCUUCAACAAAAUGUGAAUUCCCAUCACGUUGCUGCUAUAGCAAACAAUCCGCAGUCGCAGCCCCUCGACCUCUGUGUGAAAAAUGAAGUUUCGCCGUCCACUAGCCGUCAGCUUCAAGGAGAGCAAUCUCAGCCCCUUGAUCUCACUGUAAAACAUCCACCGUUGCCAUCUGCCCCUGGCGACUACAAACCCCAAUCGCAACCCCUCGAUCUCUGUGUGAAACAUCCACCGCAACCUUCCCAUGCUGCUCCGUGUGUAAAUAAUAUUCUUAACCCUCAACCAUCAACAUCGGGACUACAACCAGCCACAUCUGUAGCGCCCUGUGUAAAUAAUCUUAACUCUGUUACAUUGACCUCUGGUCUGCAACCAUCACCACCGCAAGUUGGUCGUGGAGUUCCUCAUCGCUUCUCUGUGUUGUCAGAGGGUGAGCGGUACAUAAAAAAAUUCAACUUGACAGCCCAGCAACUGAUGAUCAAGUUUAAUAAUGCGGAAGCCAAUGAAGCACCUUUAGAAUGGCUUAAGAAAUCACUGACAGCUCUUAUCAAUUACGUAACUAAGAGGCAUAGUGGGAGUGACCGUAUUGGUAUGAUGCUGACAAAUAGCGAGUUCCCCGACAAUCCUCUUGGUUUCUCGUUCCGUCGUGUAGAUCAGCUGAAUGCUGACGUUAUGCUGAAGACUCUGGAUAAAGUUAUGCAGAGUAACAAGGCGUUCUUCUCCAGCGAUGCACUACGAGUUGAUGUAAGUCUGAUUACCCCACCCAGUGGUAAAGGACGUCAAAGAAUGACCGGGGUCAGCUUCGCGGAGUUCUCACGGCAAAAACGUGGAAUCAUCAUCAUCAACAACGAUGACACUUUGUGCCUCGCUCGAGCCCUCGUAACCGCCAUAGCUUUCCGGACCAACUCCAUAGAGCUACCCUACCUGAAAGUCGGGCAUAGUCUUCAGAAGACUAAGGCUCUUCAACUAUGUGCAGCUGCUGGCGUGGAUUUAUCGGCUGGCGGUACCAUUGAUCACAUACGUCAGUUCCAGGAUCAUCUCACCGACUUCACCAUCGUAGUAUACAAUCACCGUAUGGGAAAAACAGUGUACUUUGAGGGUCCACGAUCUCCACAACGUCAAGUACUGAAUCUGAUAAUGGAAAACGAGCACUACAACGUAAUCACCAGUUUAACGUCAGCGUUCACGUGCGAGUACUUUUGUGAGCUGUGUCGGGUUCGCAUGAGUAAACGACAACAUCAUAAAGACUGUAAGUACAUUUGCCCCUGUUGUCACACUAGUCCUCCGUGCAACAAGGAUGCUCCGAACAUUAAGUGCGAGGUGUGUAACCGUGAUUUCCGCGGCCUUGAGUGCUUUCGUCAUCAUAAAGACCAGGAAUUGUGCGCGAAAGUGCGUCGAUGUCGUACGUGUUUGGUUACGGUGUGGAAGGAGAAAAAGCCACACAAGUGCGGUAUCAAGAAAUGUGUUACAUGUCAAGCUGACCGACCAAUACGCCAUUUGUGCUACAUGGCGAAGAAUACCCCCGAUAAAAAGAAGAUGAACAAAGACUUUGUGUUUGUUUUCUAUGACUUUGAGUGUCGACAAGACGACCAAUUCGAAAAUCGCGCCAACACGUACGUCCACGUUCCCAACUUGUGCGUCGCUCAACAGCUCUGCAAAUCGUGCAUCACAAAUAAUACAGACAUCAACGUCCCUUGUGAUAACUGUGGUCCCCGCGAACAUAUAUUCAAAGAAGACCCCGUGAAUGAACUUUUAAAACUCGUGUCCUCCCUGGCUCGUAAGAAUCGUGACGUCGUGGCUAUCGCUCACAACAGCAAAGGGUACGAUAGUAUCUUCAUCUUGAAGGAAAUGAUGAAAACUCCUUCGGCAUGGAAUCCUGACAUUAUCGCUACGGGUACAAAGAUUACGUCGCUGGCAUGUAACAACAACAUUAGGUUCAUUGACAGUUUGAACUUUAUGCCUGUCCCAUUAAGUGCUCUACCGAAAACGUUCAGUUUCCCUGGGUGUAAAGGACACUUCCCACACUUCUUCAAUACUCUGGAAAAUGCUAAUUACAUUGGCCCACUACCCUCCCCACAUUUUUAUGGAGUCGACGAAAUGUCUGAAAGAAAUCGCGACGAUUUCUUCAAAUGGUACAAUGCAGAAGUGAACCGCAACGCUAUAUUCAAUUUUAAGGAGGAGAUUGUAAAAUAUUGUGUCCAAGACGUCAAUAUCUUACGGCAGGCGUGCGUGGAGUUCUGGCAGAAAUUUUCCGAGGAGAACAAGGUGGACCCCUUCCGCGAGUGUUGCACUAUUGCCUCUGCAUGCAGUCUGGUCUUCCGGAGAAACUUCCUUCAAGAGGAGACGAUCGGCCUCAUUCCACAUGGAGGGAACAGGAUGGCCGAUAAUCAAAGUCGGACAGCCAUCAAAUGGCUGAUUCAUCUACAAACCACUGAUGUUCCCGAUCUUCAACACGCUGGCAACUCUCGAGAAGUUCGCCUAAAGGAGGGAAUCCUUGUCGACGGAUACUCCGCAGCUACGAACACCGUGUACCAGUUUCAUGGUUGCUACUUUCACGGUUGUGAGUCAUGUUACUCCGACCAGACGACACCACUGAAAGGGAACAAGUCUGACACAAUGGCAAUGCGGCGUGAAAAAACCGAAGCCACUUCAUCACGCAUUCGUACUGCAGGCUACAAUUUAAUUGAAAUGUGGGAGUGUGAAUUCCGCACAUAUUUAACAAACAACCCAGAGACCGACGCUUUACUGAAUGGCCAUAAUGUAUUAAGACACGAGCCUCUGAAUCCUCGCGAUGGCUUCUUUGGAGGUCGGACAAAUGCCAUCAAGCUAUACCACAAGGCCGAAGAAGGGGAAGAAAUCAGGUAUUUGGACGUGUGUUCCCUCUACCCCUACGUAAACAAGUAUGGGAAGUAUCCUUUGGGCCAUCCUCGAGUACUUGUUACGCCCGAAGAACUUCACUCCUGCAACUUGAACACCAUAGAGGGCAUGGUUAAGUGCACUGUCCUUCCUCCGCAAAACUUGUAUCAUCCCGUACUACCAUACAGAUGCCAUGGUAAACUUAUGUUCCCGCUAUGCCGUACAUGCUGCGAAACAAUGAAUCAAGGAGAGUGUGAGCACAAUGAUGAUGAGGACCGACGUUUCACUGGCACUUACGUAGCCGACGAACUACGGAAAGCCAUCUCCUUGGGUUAUGUCGUUCAGGAAUUGCACGAAGUAUGGGAGUAUGAGACAACCCAAUACAACCGUGAGUCGAAAACCGGCGGUUUAUUCUCCGGUUAUGUGGACAAUUUCCUGAAAACAAAACAGGAAUGCAGUGGAUGGCCAUCCUGGUGUCUUUCCGAAGAGGCAUGUAUGAAGUAUCUAGCCGACUACAUGGAGCAUGAGGGGAUUCAACUUGAUCGGAGCAAGAUUGAAGUGAACGCUGGUCUCCGCUAUAUCGCCAAACUAUUCCUCAAUUCCUUUUGGGGAAAGUUUGGCCAGCGCGACAAUCUGUCGAAGACGAGCAUCAUCUCGGAGGCUGAAGAAUUCUUCAAGAUGCUCACGGAUCCGUCCAUGGAAGUCAACUCCAUCAUUCCCGUAAACGACGAGACCCUCAUCGUCAACUGGACCCUCCCCGAAGAAGCAGUCGAGCCAUUGAAAACCACAAACGUUGUACUGGCAGCCUACACCACAGCCAAUGCCCGUCUGGUACUAUACGAGUACCUGGAGAAGCUUGGCGAAAGGGUCCUGUAUUUUGACACCGACUCUGUAAUCUUCACGCAGAAAUCCGAAGAAUGGUCACCACCUUGCGGGAGCUUCUUGGGAGAUAUGACCGAUGAAAUCGAGUGUUAUGGACCCGGGAGCCAAAUUGUGGAAUUCGUUAGUGGCGGCCCUAAAAACUAUGCAUACAAGGUGUUUUCGUCCAGUGCGAACACGUAUAGUGUUGUGUGCAAAGUUAAGGGCAUAUCCCUAAACUAUAAGAACAGCCGCGUAGUGAACUUUGAAACAAUCAAAGACGCUGUGUUGAACAAUGCCCCGGAGACUUACGUAGAGACAGAUCGACGUAUAGCUCGCACGUGUACGUACGACGUCAUCUCCAAGCCGGAGAGGAAAAGGUACCGUGUCGAGUACACGAAGCGUCGCCGUUUAGACGUAGGAUACGACACUCUACCAUACGGCUAUAGAACAAAUUAGCUUUAGUUUGUACAUAUUUAGUUUUUAGUUUGUACAUACGUUCCGUGGAUUAGGCCUACAGGGGACACCACGUUAAAAAAAGCGCGCCUCAGCCUU